AAUAGAUGGGGUCCAGGGGAAGGUGAAGUGUCGGGCUUGAUGGUGGUUGAUGAAACAGGCACCACCACUGACUGACCACUUACUCUUCCUUUGGCCUCCUCAUCAUCAUCAUCUGAGGAUUUCUCUUUGUUUAUUUAUCGCAUUAUUAUUUGUAAGAUACAGAAGAGACGCACAAUAUCAGCACCCAAAUAUAAUUUUUAUUUAUAUAUAUAUUUUUGAAUGGUGUGGCUCAACAACCACUAGUUUCCCAGCCAUAACUAACUCCAGGAUCAGCCCACACGGGGAGAGGGAAGAGAGAAGAAAGCGCGCGAGAAUGGCCAUGGCGUUGGCGCUUCGACGGCUUUCAUCUUCUGUCAAUCAGCCAAUCCGCCCCAUCUUCAAUGGCUCCCUCUACUACAUGUCGUCUCUGCCUAAUGAGGCUGUUUACGAGAAGUCCGGGGUCACUUGGCCAAAGCAGCUCAAUGCCCCACUUGAGGUCGUGGAUUCUGAGAUUGCUGACAUUAUCGAGCUUGAGAAAGCUAGGCAAUGGAAGGGACUGGAGCUCAUCCCCUCUGAGAACUUCACUUCUGUCUCUGUGAUGCAAGCAGUCGGAUCUGUUAUGACCAACAAGUAUAGUGAAGGAUAUCCGGGUGCGAGAUACUAUGGAGGAAAUGAGUAUAUUGACAUGGCAGAGUCUCUGUGCCAGAAGCGAGCUCUGGAAGCGUUUCGGUUGGACCCUGCAAAAUGGGGAGUUAACGUGCAGUCUCUAUCCGGCUCUCCAGCCAACUUUCAAGUGUACACUGCCCUAUUGAAACCUCAUGAGAGGAUCAUGGCACUUGACCUUCCUCAUGGUGGGCAUCUUUCCCAUGGAUACCAGACUGACACCAAAAAGAUAUCUGCAGUGUCGAUAUUCUUUGAGACGAUGCCAUACAGAUUGAAUGAGAGCACUGGUUAUAUUGAUUAUGACCAGUUGGAGAAGAGUGCCGUACUUUUCAGGCCAAAACUUAUUGUUGCUGGUGCCAGUGCUUAUGCACGUCUGUACGACUAUGAUCGUAUUCGCAAGGUCUGCGACAAGCAGAAGGCAAUCCUGUUAGCUGACAUGGCCCAUAUCAGUGGUUUGGUCGCAGCUGGUGUGAUCCCGUCCCCGUUUGACUGUGCUGAUGUAGUCACCACUACGACCCACAAGUCACUCCGUGGACCCCGUGGAGCCAUGAUCUUUUACCGUAAGGGAGUGAAAGAGGUCAACAAGCAAGGGAAGGAGGUUCUCUAUGAUUUUGAGGAGAAGAUCAAUCAGGCUGUCUUUCCUGGUCUCCAAGGGGGACCACACAACCACACCAUUGCCGGCUUAGCAGUUGCCCUGAAGCAGGCUACUACUCCAGAGUACAGAGCAUACCAGGAGCAAGUGCUCAGUAACUGUGCGAAAUUUGCAGAGUCUCUAGCUAGUAAAGGAUAUGAACUCGUUUCUGGUGGAACCGAAAACCAUCUGGUGUUGGUUAACUUGAAAAACAAGGGAAUUGAUGGCUCCAGAGUGGAAAAGGUCUUGGAAGCUGUUCACAUUGCUGCCAACAAAAACACCGUGCCUGGAGAUGUAUCCGCAAUGGUUCCUGGCGGCAUUAGGAUGGGGACACCGGCUCUUACUUCCAGAGGAUUUGUUGAAGAGGACUUUGUUAAAGUAGCAGAGUUCUUUGAUGCCGCGGUGGAUAUUGCAGUGAAGAUCAAGGCCGAAACAAAAGGGACAAAGUUGAAGGACUUCCUGGCCACGAUGCCCAACUUCCAAUCGGAGAUUGCAAAGCUCCGCCACAAUGUUGAGGAGUAUGCAAAGCAGUUCCCAACAAUAGGGUUCGACAAACAAACCAUGAAGUACAAGAACUGAAGGAGAUAUUGCGCCGCUAAGUGGUAUUACAAUCCAGAUGCUUAAGGAACAUGUCCCGAUGAUGCAGAUGUGAGCUGAUGCAGAAGGAUAAGAUCUCUCUUGUACACAUAAAUUUGUAUUGAAUCUCGUCCAUGUACCAAAAGGACCUGUACAAACUAAAAUCCGAGGAAAUGUAUGAUACAUUCCCUGAUUCCGGAUUCCGCUUGUGAUUCCACGUGCUGUGGAUUAUAUUUCACUAGCUAACAUAUUUUUCCGUCCA